AGUGCUAGUAAUUUCACACAUCCAAGACCUUAUUGAAGGUUUAUACAUCCGAAAAAUCUCAAACAAGGACUAAAACGCAUUUUAUUAUUUUUAUUUUUUAAUUCGUUUAAGAUUUAAAGGCAACAUGCAGGCUUUUAGGAACUGUAGCUUUUGUGCUGGUGGGAAUCUUCUUAAGGGUCGGACCGAUUUCCUGCUUGCCCGGAGAAACAUGGCGGCGCUUCGGCUGAGCGCUGCGUGCGUUCAACUACUCAAGGACAAAGCAACUGUGCUGUGCAGCAGUUCUGUUCACCAGCGUCUCAUGCGCAUGCCCAAGGUCUCUCGAUCCAGCGCAGUAGCAUUCAGUGUCACCAGCGGUCUCUGUGCAGUUCCCUUUACACAGCAAGUGGAAAACCUCUCCCAUGAAUCACUCAUUCGCCGGGCUUCCUGUCUGGUCACAGACAGUGCCAACACGUACCUCUCUCAGACCACGCUGGCCCUUGUGGAUGCCCUAACACAAUAUGCCAAAGCCCUGCAUACGCUCAUUGCCCUUCAGAAGCGGUACAUAACCUCAAUAGGUAAACUGACCCCUGCUGAAGAGGACAGAAUUUGGCAGGUGAUCAUUGGCCAACGAGUUGAGGUUGGGGAUAGACAAGAUGAAUGUAACCGGUUCGAGUCAAACUGGAUAAAUGCCAUCCACAUAUGUGAACUGUCAGCAGAGGCAGCCUACAAUUCAGGAGCGGAGCAUGCACGCACAGCAACAAAAACAAAUCUGCAGGUGGCUCAGUCCAAAGUGGAGGAGGUUCGAAAGAUCUCCAAAGAUGCAGAGAAAAAACUGGCAGAGACUAAAGCAGAAGAAAUCCAGAGAAUGGCUGAAUAUGCCUCCAGCAUUGACAAACCCGAAAUGGAAAAUGUUCCAGAGGCCUACCUUCGUGAAGACUAGAGUCACUCAAUAUGAUGGGAUGUUGAAUGCACCUUAUGAACCGAUUGCAGCGAUUAACUGUUAUGUAACGUUCAGAAACACUGCUUUAAAUGCUGCGUUUAUCGUAUGGGUAGUGAAUUGCUAUUUACUAGCAAUGCAGAUUUUGUCGACUGACGGUCAAUAUAGUGCUGUCCGUUUAAAACAACAGAGCAGCCUCAAAGUCCAUCCGGUUGCUUUUUAAGAAAAAUGGGUUAAUGUAUUCGUUAAUGCAACUUUUAAUAUGCAUUGAAACAUUGAUACGUAGCAAAUGUCAGAAAUCACAUUGAUUUAAUAUUUAUAUAUGUAUAUAUUUUCCAUAUUUUGUGUUUGUUUAUGUUCUUUGCUGUACAAUUGUCAUGAGUCUGUACAACACUAAAAUUAUAUUAAACAUAAAAAAAAGCAUAAAAUCCUUGAAGAUAUAAUAGCCUAUUAAAAUAGUAUGGUAUCAUUAAGGCUAUAUUGUUUCAUAUUUUGAAGAGCACAAUGAAACUGCUGUUAUUUAUUUUCUUGAUUGAUUUAAUGUCCAAUUUGUCCAGAACAGUUUAUGUAGAAGUGUCAAAUUCAAUAAAAUGUAUCCUUGUUCGUUUA